AGCAGCGCAGAAGUUAAACGAUGAAAUAGAACCCUAAAAGACAUCUUUGUAUGAACAUAUCCUGACCGUCACUUCUGAUAUCCUACGGCUCAGAAUUUCCCACUGCUUGUGCUUAUCAUUGCCCUCUUUCUCACUUCACUGUCUCCCUCCCUCUUGCCUUUCUCUCUUUGUAAAAAUGGCUGAAUCCAUAUUUGAUCAUCUCAGCACAAUCCGAUCCUCGUCUUACUGAGUAUAUAAUCCAUACUUGGCGUUAAAAAGAACCAAUCUUUUUACUUUCAGUGCAAAAUUUUGAGAUAUGGGUUCGUAGUUUUUUAUCAGAAAAAUCGUUUUACCCGAAGCUUUAGGAACAAUCCCAUUUGGUUUUUAGCAGUUUUAAGCUAAACCCAAGCUGAAAGUUUUGAUUUUUCUUCAGUUUCACUGUUUAUAUUCAAUAUUUUGAUGAUUUUUUAUUGUGAUAUAUGACAUGGUCACCGAUACUUAUUCGAAGAUGAUGUCCGAGAUGUCAAUGCGUUCCAUGUUGAAGAACGGCGAAGAUUUGAGUAUGUUGAUUCGCGAACAGAGGCGUCAACACGAAGCAAGUGAGCGAGAGAACGAGCUCAAUCUGUACAGAAGUGGGUCGGCCCCACCCACAGUCGAAGGCUCGUUAAACGCGGUUGGGGGCUUGUUCGAGGACUCGGCGCUGUCGGGUUUCACGAAAAACGGCAGCAAAGGCUUUGCUACCGAAGAGGAGCUUCGUGCGGAUCCAGCUUAUGUGAAUUACUACUAUUCAAAUGUGAAUCUCAAUCCGCGGCUUCCGCCGCCGCUGCUUUCAAAGGAGGACUGGCGUUUUGCGCAGCGGUUCCAAGGAGGGGGCGGUGGAGGUGGAGGUGGAGGUGGAGGUGGAGGUUCGGCUGUUGGAGGCAUUGGAGAUAGGAGGAUAGGCGGUAGGAGUGGUGGCGAAGGUGGGGAUGUGAACAGGUCACUUUUCUCGGUGCAGCCAGGGGUUGGAGGGAAGGAGGAGAAUGGGGUGGCGGGGAGGAAGGCUCCGGCGGAGUGGGGCGGUGAUGGGUUGAUUGGGUUGCCGGGGUUGGGACUUGGGAGUAGGCAGAAGAGUAUUGCAGAGAUCAUUCAGGAUGAUAUACAUAAUACAAAUGUCUCAAGGCACCCUUCUCGUCCAGCUAGCCGGAAUGCAUUUGAUGAUGGUGUUGAAACUUCAGAAACCCAGUUUGCUCAUCUGCAUCGUGAUUUGGCAUCUAUAGAUGCUUUGCGUUCUGGUGGAAAUAAGCAGGGAAUGUCUGCUGUCCAGAACGUCGGCUCAUCGGGUUCUCAUACAUAUGCUUCUGCUUUGGGUGCUUCAUUGUCGAGAAGCACGACCCCAGACCCUCAGCUUAUAGCUAGGGCUCCUAGUCCUCGGAUUCCACCUGUUGGUGGAGGAAGGGCUUCCUCCAUGGAUAAAAAAAUUGCCAAUGGUCAAAACUCAUUCAAUGGUGCCUCACCCAAUGUGAAUGAGUCUGCAGAUCUAGCAGCUGCUUUAACUGGUAUGAACCUGUCGGCAAAUGGCAGGAUUGAGGAAGAGAAUCAUGCACGUUCACAAAUUCAACAUGAAAUUGAUAAUCACCAUAACCUUUUUGAUAUUCAAGGUGAUCGGAGCCAUAUGAAACAAAAUUCGUAUUUGAAUAAGCCUGAUUCUGGGAAUUUUCAUUUGCAUUCUGUUUCCCAAUCUUCUAAAAACUCUUAUCAGAAUAUGGGAAGAGGCAGUGGAUUUGGGAGGGAUCUGAACCACCCUUCAUAUAUGUCUGAUGAACCAGUUGAAAUAAAUAAUCCCGCUGCAUCUGCUAACUCAUACUUAAGGGGACCUGUGCCAGCUCUUAAUGGCCGAGGAAGCUCAUUCUCCCAGUAUCAGAAUGUAGACAGUACCUCCUUUCCUAACUAUGGCUUAGGUGGGUAUUCUGUUAGUCCUUCGUCUCCAUCCAUGAUGGGAAAUCCACUUGGUAAUGGUAGUUUACCACCCUUAUUUGAAAAUGCUGCUGCUGUAUCUGCAAUGGGUGGCUUGGACUCUGGAGCAUUUGGAGGAGGUAUGUCUCUAGGACCAAAUUUGUUGGCAGCAGCCGCUGAAUUGCAGAAUAUGAACAGGCUUGGAAAUCACACUGCUGGGGGUGCUGUUCAGGUGCCCAUGAUGGACCCAUUGUAUCUUCAGUACUUGAGAUCAAACGAAUAUGCUGCUGCCCAGGUUGCAGCCUUGAAUGACCCCACAAAAGAUAGGGAAGGCAUGGGUAAUAUGUAUAUGGAUUUACUGGGUUUGCAAAAAGCUUAUCUGGGGCAAUUGCUUUCGCCUCAAAAAUCACAAUUUGGUGUUCCCUACAUUGGUAAGUCUGGUAGCUUGAAUCAUGGUUACUAUGGAAAUCCAGCAUAUGGGGUUGGCAUGUCUUAUUCUGGAACAGCAUUGGGUGCUCCCCUUCUUCCAAACUCUCCUGUUGGACCGGGUAGUCCUGCCAGGCACAGUGAUCGGAACUUGCGUUUUUCUUCUGGGAUGAGGAACAUGGGUGGAGGUCUCAUGGGAGCUUGGCACUCUGAAACUGGUGGAAAUUUUGAUGAAAAUUUUCCUUCCACUUUACUAGAUGAGUUCAAAAGCAACAAGACUAAAUGUUUUGAACUUUCAGAGAUUGCAGGGCAUGUUGUUGAGUUCAGUGCCGACCAGUAUGGAAGUCGGUUUAUUCAACAGAAACUUGAAACUGCCACAGCCGAAGAAAAGAACAUGGUCUUUGAUGAAAUAAUGCCCCAAGCCCUUUCUCUAAUGACCGAUGUGUUUGGUAAUUAUGUGAUUCAGAAGUUUUUUGAGCAUGGAACUGCAUCACAAAUAAGAGAACUUGCUGACCAGCUCACUGGGCAUGUGCUGACCCUUAGCCUUCAAAUGUAUGGCUGUCGAGUGAUCCAGAAGGCUAUAGAAGUUGUUGAGCUGGACCAGCAGACUCAAAUGGUAGCUGAACUGGAUGGCCAUGUUAUGCGUUGUGUUCGUGAUCAAAAUGGGAACCAUGUCGUCCAGAAGUGUAUUGAAUGUGUACCUGAAGAUGCCAUCCAGUUUGUUGUUUCAACUUUUUAUGAUCAAGUCGUGACACUGUCAACUCAUCCAUAUGGUUGUCGUGUCAUACAGAGAGUCUUGGAGCACUGCCAUGACCCCCAAACGCAGCAAAUAAUGAUGGAUGAGAUUCUGCAGUCUGUUUGCAUUUUGGCACAGGACCAAUAUGGAAAUUAUGUUGUACAGCAUGUGCUGGAACAUGGAAAACCACAUGAACGAUCAGCUAUCAUUGAGGAACUAACUGGCCAGAUUGUUCAAAUGAGCCAGCAAAAAUUUGCGUCAAAUGUCAUAGAGAAGUGUUUAAGUUUUGGAACUCUUGCUGAACGCCAGGCCCUUGUAACUGAGAUGCUCGGUACCACUGAUGAAAACGAGCCCCUUCAGGCAAUGAUGAAGGACCAGUUUGCAAACUAUGUUGUACAGAAAGUGCUGGAAACUUGUGACGAUCAGCAACUUGAACUAAUCCUUAACCGAAUUAAGGUUCAUCUGAAUGCUCUGAAGAAGUAUACUUAUGGGAAGCAUAUAGUUGCACGUGUAGAGAAACUUGUUGCUGCCGGAGAGAGGAGGAUUAGCAUUCUGGCUCCGCAUGCAUCUGCUGCUUAGAUGGGUCACGAGAAUGAAGUUGUACAGCUAACUGAGGAUAAUAUGAGCCCCUCUCUUUCUUUCAUGUCUAGUAAAGUCUAUGUAUUGAGAUGGAUAAGGCGCAAUGAAAAUAAAGAUUGUUGGUUGUACUUAAAACUGUACAUUGUUAGUUUGAGGAUAUACCUUAGAGUAGUCGCGGCUCAGACGGUGAACGCACCUGAGGCCCCUGCAGAGGAGAUAAAUUUAGUGUACAAGUUUUAAGGGUGUAAAAAGCAAGGCGGUGGUAGAAUUUGUGGUCGUGACUGUACAAAUGUUACUAGGUGGAGUCCUCCAUAAAUUUUUUUGAUGUAUGGCAUUGAUUAUUUUUCUAA